AUGUCCCAUCAAUUCAAUUUCAUCGUAGUCGGAGCUGGAGCCGCAGGAUGCCUCCUGGCCUCUAGACUCUCGCGUACGUCCACUGCCCCAUCGGUCCUCCUCAUCGAAGCAGGAAAAGCCCUCGACGACCCCGAACUCCGUGCUGCUGGACGGAAGUUUGUCAAUCUCGCUGAUCCGAGCCUUGGGUGGACCGACUAUUCCCACGUCCAGAAGAAUGUCCACGGCAGGAGUAUUAUCUAUCCGAGAGGAAAAGGACUGGGCGGUUCAACCAUGAUAAACGCCAUGGUAUACUAUGUUGGCUCGUCCGAGGAAUACGACUAUUGGGCAGACUUGACGGGUUGCCAAAAAUGGAGAUGGCAGGAGACAAAGGAAAGAUUCAGACGGAUCGAGCGGUUCCGGGACGAUACUCCGAUCGAAUUCAGAAAAUACUCUCGUACAUCGCCAGAAACCCAUGGCUUUACGGGUCCUGUCGAUGUCAGUCUCCCAUUGGAAUGGGAGCCCGGUGUGACAAAGGUUUUGGAUAUCGCUCAAACUCAUGGAUUUCCCAUCAACCUGGAUCAGAACAGUGGGAAUCCGAUAGGAAUAGGCAUGUCACCGACCACUGUAUCCAACGGACUUCGCACAACCGCAGCCUCGGCGUUUCUCGCGGAUCGACCUUUCAACCUUUCGGUGUGGACUGAUGCUGUCGUCACUCGAAUACUGUUUAGCGGCAAGACAGCAGUUGGGGUUGAGCUGGCAGACGGGCGCAGUGCCUACGGGACUAAAGCCACGAUUCUAUGCGCCGGUGCCCUUGACACCCCAAAACUGCUUCUUCUCUCAGGAAUAGGCCCGAAGGACGAAUUGAUGCCACUGGGUAUACCAGUUGUCCACGACCUCGAAGGCGUCGGCAAGAACCUCCAGGAUCACCUCCAGUCGCUGAUUGAAACUCGUCUGUCCAAGAAGCUGUUGGACCGAGACGUGGCGCGGGACGGUGAGCCCGACGUGGCGGGACCGUGGUCGUGUCUGCCCUUUUGUUUCCUCAAGGUGGAAGAGAAUCUGGAGACGGACGAGUUCAAACGGUUGGAUCCCUCGACACAGGACUAUCUGAAGGGGAAGACGGUCCCUCAGUUGUCACUUGGCACGGCAGCUCCCCUCUUUGGCCAAGGGAGAACCUUCCCCGACGUGCAGUACUACCACGUCUACGUCAACUGCCUGAUGAACCCACAGUCUCGCGGGGAGGUGAGACUCCGAUCCGCCAACCCUGCGGAUCCGCCGUACUUUGACUUCAAUGCCCUCUCCCACCCGUACGAUCGCCGGGCCUACAUCAACAACACGCGCAAGGUCAUGGAGUUCAUCGAGGGCGAGGCCAACGCCGAGUACUUUGCCGGAUAUAUCAACGGGCCAUCGAGCAAAUCAGACGAGGACAUUGAAAAAUGGCUCAAGGCCGUCUCGGGCCCCCAGUUCCACGCCACAGGGACGGUCAUGAUGGGUCGACCGGAGAACAAGCUCGCGUGCAGCGACUCGGACUUUCAGGUCUUGGGCGUCGAAAAUCUCCAUGUGGCCGAUCUCAGCGUCUGUCCGACCACUCCAUGCUGCAUGACUCAAAGCACGGCGUACAUGGUAGCGGAAACCGCUGCAGAGACGCUGAUCGAGAAGUUCGGUCUGGAGUGA